CAAGUAGUUGCUACACUCAAAAUCCAAAACCCUAAACCCCUGUGUGUGUGCGGCUAAGUGUGCAUAGCUUCCUCUCCCUUCUCUUUUUUUACCUUCUUCUGGAGAGAGGCACGCACAAUCAAAAAUCAAAGCAAUAAGAACCCUACAUCUUCUGUAAACCCUAAAAAGUUAGUUACUGCAAAAAAAAAAUGACUACUUCCAUAGCAUCUCAGCUCGAAGCUAUCAAGUCCUUCGCCCGACCCGACAUCGACCCCCUCAAGCGGCCAUUCACCCGCCCUUCCAUCCUGUUCGAUCCCAAAGAAGCCGCUGACAUUGACAUCGACACCAUCUUCAACAUCGCCCUUCAAGGUUUAGAGGUACUUAUAGGCAAUGAUGAAAAGUUUGGGCACUAUAAGAACGAUUUGUUUAGCUACCGGAGUAAAGAGUUGGAUAGGGAGUUGAUGAGCGUAGAACAGAACAAUCAGCUUAAUGUUACCAUUGCUUCGUACUUAAAGCUUCUCUCUGGAUAUUUUCUCAUUCCCUCUGCUCUUAAAACGCUCGAGUAUUUGGUUCGUAGACACAAGGUUCAUGUGUACAAUGUUGAGGAGUUGGUUCUAUGUGCUUUGCCUUAUCAUGACACGCAUGCAUUUGUUCGAAUAGUACAGAUACUUGAUACAAGGAAUACUAAAUGGGGGUUUCUUGAGGGGGUGAGAGUCUCUGGUGCACCGCCACCUAGAACGGUCUUGGUGCAGCAGUGCAUCCGUGAUAAAGGUGUAUUGGAAGUUCUAUGCAACUAUGCAGCUCCAACAAAGAAGUUUCAACCUUCAAGACAUGUAGUAGGCUUAUGUACUGCUGUUUGCAUUGAAGUUCUGGGUAGUCUUGUGACGGUUAAUGAUGAUAUUGUCAAGAGAAUACUUCCUUUUGUAGUUUCCGGUCUUAAUCCUGGUGUUAAGGGAGUUUCAGAUCACAAGGCUGGUUCUCUGAUGAUCAUUGGUUUGCUUGGAAAUAAAGCUGUGUUAGCUCCCAAACUUACUAAUAGUUUGAUACGUUCAAUUGCUGAGGUUGCUCAUGAGGAGGCAAGAGAGUUGACUGAUCUUCAUUGGUUUCGAUUAUCUCUUAUUGCCUUAAUCAAUCUUGUUCAGUCACAACAUGUUGAAAUUUUCCCUGUGAAGGCCUUGGAUAUAUUGAAAGAAAUAAGGGACUUGGCAGGGAUCUUAUUUGAAUUGUCUAGGGAAUUCAAUAUUGAAAAGUUUCUUUUUGUGCUUUUGGGCUCCCUGAUAGACUCCAGUUCUUCUGAUGAACACUGUCAGCUGGCAUUGCUAUCAUUGAUAGAAAAGGUUCCCAUAAAUGGUUUUAUUAAUCAAGUGGUUACCAAGAUCCUAUCCACUUGUCUGAGAUUGUCACAGAAAGUCAGUGACUCAACAUCUUCUAUGUCAGCUGGUUGGGCAAAAAAGAUUCUGACUGUUCUUAAUACAAAGUAUCCUUCUGAACUGCGCAAAGCAGUUAAUCAUUUCCUUCAGGAUAACAAAGGACGUUCUAAGAAAGACCACUCGGCAUAUAAGAUUUUGUGUAAGAUGCUGGAUGGGAAUUUGAGUUCACCAGUUGAUAUCUCAGAUUCAAAAAUUUGGUUCGCCUUGCAUCAUCCAAAGGCUGAUGUUCGGCGGUCCACCCUGCUUGAUUUAAAUUCAUCUGGAAUUCUGAAAACCAAGGUCGUUGUUUCUGAGAGUCUUGUAGACAUCGAAGAUGCCAUAUUGAGACAGUUUGAUGAUAAAGAUCUGACAGUUGUUCUAGCAGCUUUAUCAGUUGAUGGCUUGGAAAAUGUAAUAGGUUCUUCUAAGCUAUUUGAUGCACUGCAGAAUGUGCUGAGGAGAUGUAGUAGCCAGCUGCUGUCAGGUUCAAUUGAUAAUGUUCGUCUAACAAAUGAAGUUGCUGUCUCUUGUCUAAAUAAUGCUAUAUCAUACUUUCAUGAUCAUACUGAUUACUUGAAGAGACUUGCUGGCAUGAUCUUCCCAUUACUCCUUGUACUACCACAGACACAAAGCUUGAAUUUAAAGGCUCUGGGAUCACUCAACAAAGUAAAUUGGCCACUUUAUCAGAAUAUCACUUCCUCUUCUAUAGAAGCGGCAUCAAUAACUGGGCGUUUAUCUUCAAUUAACUUGAAGACGAUCAACAAUUUGGCUGAUAAUUUCAUGUCCCAUCCUGAAGAUCAUAUUGCUUGGUUUGUUGACAGCUGCAGUGAUUUGGAACUGUCAAAAACACUCUUCUUUUUUGUGCUAUUGCAGUCUUUUUUGACAAAACUAAAAGGUGAUGACUGUUCUACACUUUUCGAUAUUGUAUUUCCUGUGCUAAAGGCUGAAUGGGAAUCCUUAGUGACUGCUGGUGAUGUUCGUUUGGAAGAGUUCAAUUCUGAAGUGUUAGACUGGGAUUGCAGUGCAUUCUUUGAUCACUUUUUGGUUACCCAUCUGAAACCUCUAAAUGGCAAAAUUAUAGUUUGCUUGUUUUGGAGGCUGCUAAAAGCACUAAUAUCUGCAAUGCCUUCAGAUCUGCCAUUGGAUGAUAACAAUAAGUGGGUCUGUAGGAUAAAGGACCUGUUUGUCUUUUUCGCUGCCUCGCAAUACAAGCAUGCUUUCCAUGAACACCUCCAUUACUUAGCAGCACAGUGUAGUAUAUCACCUGCAUGCCUCCUAUCGAAGUUUUUCACCGAGGAAGGUGUUCCUGCUGCAGUGCAGGUUGAAAGUCUUCAGUGUUACGCAUUUCUUUGUAAUCUAUCGCAAGAGAGAUGGCAAGUUGAACUUUUAGCUGAAUUUCCGUCUAUUCUUGUUCCAUUGGCUGCUGACAAUCAGGCUAUAAGGGUUGCUGCCAUGAACUGUAUUGAUGGGCUAUAUGCAUUGUGGGGUCGUAUUGCACGUUCUGGCAAGAAAAAUGGAAGCAAUGCAACGUCGAUCCAUUUUCUAGGUGAACUUUUAUCGUUGAUGGAUCAGCAAAAAGCACUUAUAUUAUCUGACAAGAAAUUCCUUCCUUCAUUGUUUGCAUCCAUGCUGAGUUCAACUUUUCAAAACAUCUUAGUACCUCAGAAUAUAGGAAACAGGUUUGAUCAGUCCACAAAAGAAAAUAUUCUUGGCGUGAUUUUGGGUUCUUCUAUGAAAUUCUCUAAUUAUGGAAAGCUAAUGAUUUUAUCCUUGCUCAAAGAAAUCGGGAAUCUAAUUGUGCAAUUUGAAGGAGUGAUGUCAUUAUUGUCCUCUCUUAUUAUGAGGCGGAGGCAAUAUUCUAAUGAGCUCGGGAAGUGUUGCCCGAAAGUCUCAAAUACUGAAAUUCAACUAAUCUGCCUUCUGCUGGAGAGCUUUGUUAUGUCAUCACCUUCUGGUGGGAAUGAUCACCAGGAUCUCUUACUGAAGGCUUUGCAGUUGGAUGCUGUGUCAUCAGAUGAUCCUGCCUAUGUAAAGCCUUGUAUCACUGUUUUGGACAAACUUAACAAUCAAUUCUACACAGGGUUGAAGAAUGAAGUGAAGGAGCAUUUAUUUUGUGAGCUUGUGCUUUUGUGUCAUAAUGCUAAUGGGGACAUACAAAAUGCAACCAAAGAGGCCUUGAUGCGCAUAGAUAUUAGUUUCGACACAAUUGGCCACAUACUUGAUCUCAUACUUAAGCAGGAAAGUUGGAUAAUUAGUUCAUCACAUGAAAAGACCACAAAGAAGCAGAAAUUGAAAAUACGUGAGGAGGAGGUUCUCACUAAUGACAUCUGUAGAAGAGAAAAUCCAGUCUACAUCCUUAGUUCUCUUCUUGAUGUUUUGCUGUUGAAGAAGGAAAUAACAAACAGGCAUUUGUUUUUAGGUCCCUUAUUUAAGCUCCUUCGCAAGUUAUUUUCAUCAAGUCCCUCAGAAGCAAAUACCAUCAUAUGUCAUAUUCAACACACACUGUUGAUAAUCCUGGACGAUAUAAUCAUGUCUCUCAAAAGCAUGGCUCUGCCAAAUAAACAAAUUACAAAAGAAAUUAGCAUUAAGCUGUUGAUAGAGUGUGCCCGCACAUCCAACGAUGUAGUCACCCGCAACCAUGUAUUUUCUGUGCUUUCUGCUAUUACCCGAAUCUUCCCAGAAGAAGUUUUGGGAUAUAUACUUGAUAUUCUUGCAGUCAUUGGAGAAUCAGCUGUGACACAGAUUGACAGUCACUCGAAGCAUGUGUUUGAGGAUCUUAUAUCUGCAAUUGUACCUUGUUGGUUGUCUAAGACAGAUGAUGUGGAGAAAUUGCUGAAGAUUUUCCUGGAUAUCUUGCCUGAAAUUGUUGAGCAUAGAAGGUUAUCUAUUGUUUUAUAUCUGUUAAGAACCCUAGGUGAGGGUAAAAGCUUGGCCUCAUUGCUUACCCUGCUUUUCCAUUCAUUGGUUUCAAGGAAAGAAGCAUGUUUCCUUGACAGUGAGACUCCAGAUGCUUUAACAUCUUAUACGAGGGAGUGGGAAUAUAAAUUUGCAGUGCAAAUCUGUGAACAAUUCACAAGUAAGACUUGGCUUCCUUCUCUGGUUUUGCUGCUUGAGCAGCAGGAAGGACAUAGUAAUAUUGAUCAGGAAUGGUUUCUGGAGUUGUUUCUUGCAAUGCAAUUUACUUUGCAAAAAUUGCAAGAUCCUGAAUUUGUGUUCGCACUGGAAUCUGGAGAAAAUACAGUUGUCAUUCAGAGGGCAUUGAGUGAGCUUUUGGAGCAUGUUGUUUUCCUUGUGCAACUUGUAGAUGCAAGUAAAAAACAACUGAAUUUACCUGUUGUUAUGAGGAAAGAGUUGAAGGAAAGUAUGCGUGCUGUUCUGAGAAAUAUAACCAUGGCCAUGAUGCCUUCAUCUUAUUUUAACAGCAUAAUUAACUUGCUCCACCAUGCAGAUAAAAGUGUGGGGAAAAAGGCUCUCGGGCUGUUAAGUGAGACCAUAAGAAAUAAUAAAAAGGACUUGGUGAAGGUUAAAGACACUAAAGGUUCAAGGUCAACACCAAGUUUCUCUUGGCUUCAUAUGAAUAGAAGUUCUCAAGAAUCAAUGGAUAAGAUGUGUUCAGAAAUUGUCCGUGUACUUGAUGAUUCAUCAAACAACUCCCUGAAAGUUGCAGCAGUUUCAGCAUUAGAAGUUUUGGCUGAAAGCAUCCCAUCUGAUAAUUCCAUCUUCAAUGUAUGCCUUGGAUCUGUUACGAGAUGCAUUAUGUCUUGCAACUUGACUUUCACUUCUAGUUGCCUUCGGACAACUGCUGCCUUGAUCAAUGUUCUAGGUCCAAAGGCACUGCCAGAACUUCCUAAAGUUAUGGAUGGUGUUUUUAAGUCAUCACAGCAAGUAUUGUCUGAUGUGGAUAAUAAACCCAAAACCAAUGAAGCUUCAUCAGCCUCACAUGAAUCCUAUUUGUUUGCUAUUUUCUUCACUCUGGAGGCAGUUAUUGACAAGCUUGGCGGGUUUCUAAAUCCAUAUCUUACAAAUAUCAUGGAGCUUCUCGUGCUUAAUCCUGAAUACGUAUCGGGAAUAGAUGCAAAGAUUGAGACUAGAGCUAAUGCAGUACGAAAGCUUCUUGCAGUGAAAAUUCCUGCUCGACUUGUUCUGCCACCUUUGUUAAAGUUAUACCCUGCUGCCGUUGAGGCUGGGGAGAAAAGCUUAACAAUUGUGUUUGAUAUGUUUGCAACCUUGGUUGGCACGAUGGACAGAUCAACUAUUGCGGCAUUCCAUGUAAAGAUUUUUGACCUUUGUUUGGUUGCUCUUGAUCUUCGCCGUCAAGGUCCCCCUUCAGUUCAAAACAUUGAUGUGGUAGAGAAAGGAGUGAUGAAUGCAAUGGUAGCUUUGACCUUAAAACUUACAGAGAGCAUGUUCAAGCCUCUCUUCAUAAAAAGUAUUGAGUGGGCCGAAUUUGAGGUGGAUGAAACUGCAUCUGGAGGAAGCAUUGAUAGGGCCAUAUCUUUCUAUGGCAUGGUAAAUAAGCUCACUGAUAACCAUCGGUCAUUAUUUGUUCCUUACUUCAAACACUUGCUUGGUAGCUGUGUUCAUCAUCUCACAAAUGGUGGAGAUGGGAAGGUGUCUAAUUUCAGUCGGAAGAAAAAGAAGGCGAAGAUUCAGGAUGAUGGGGAUGUAGAAGACAGGGAUAGUGUGUCCAUCAAGGUCUGGCAUCUCCGGGCAUUGGUCUUAUCCUCCUUACACAAGUGUUUCCUUUAUGAUAAUGGGACCUUGAAGUUCCUAGAUUCCUCAAAUUUUCAGAUGCUGUUGAAACCUAUUGUCUUGCAACUUGUUGUAGAUCCACCGACUUCUCUGGACGACAACAUGAAUAUACCAAGUGUAAAGGAGGUUGAUGAACUAUUAGUUAAUUGUAUAGGUCAAAUGGCCGUCACUGCCGGAUCCGACCUUUUGUGGAAACCCUUGAACCAUGAGGUCUUGAUGCAGACGCGGAGCGAAAAACUGAGAGCCAGAAUUUUGGGACUCAAAACCGUGAAAUAUCUUGUGGAUAAGUUGAAAGAAGAAUAUUUGGUAUUCUUGGCUGAAACAAUCCCAUUCCUUGGUGAACUUCUUGAGGAUGUGGAGCUUUCAGUUAAGACACUUGCUCAGGAAAUUCUGCAGGAUAUGGAGUCUUUGAGUGGUGAGAGUCUUGCUGAGUAUCUACGCUCUUAAUCAUCAAUAUACCAGUUUUGUACACUUAGGAGGGUAGCAUUAUGGCAUAGACAUGUAUGAUCCUCGUGUAUGCAAUUUUGAUCACUAGUCCAAUGUAUAUUAUAUGAUUGUGAAAGGAAAAGUAACAUUUAUUUGUUUGUUUAAUCGUCGAAAAUGAAUUUCUCUCUUCUUGGAAUGAA